AUGGCCGGCCACAAAUCAGAAGAGAAGCGCUCCAAGAAGCAGAAGAAGUCGGACGAGAAGAAGAGGCCCCGCGACGAAGAUGAGGACGACAAGCAUCGCAAGCACAAGCGCUCCAAGAGCGACGCUGUCGUCGACGAUGGUGCCCAAGACAAAAAGAAGAAGAAAUCAAAGAGGGUCGACGAUGCCGAUAUUGAUGGUGGCCAAGAAGUUGAGGCCAGCAUAAAGAAGGAGAAAAAGAAGAAGUCAAAAAAGCAGAGGCAGGAUGCUGCCGGAAACACCGAGGUCGAGGCCUCAGACGACGCCAAGGAGAAGAAGAAGCGGAAGAAGGAGGCCAAGAAGGCCAAGGCAGCAGCAGAGGUAUCUGAGGAUGGUCAAGACGAGCCAGACCGCAUCCUCCAGGACCAGAUACGCGAAUCGAUGGACAUCGACUCACCGCCCACCACAAACUCAAAAAGCACUUCCUUCCAGCCUCUCGAUACCCCCUCCGAUCCCAAGUUCCCCUUCUUCACACAGGUCAUCUCGCUCUACGUACCUCUAUACCCAAUCGGCUUUGACAAGCCCAUCUCCAGCGUCGGCGAGCAACACCUGGCACCGAUGCUCAAUCACUACUCCCCGCUGCUCGGCGGUGUUCUCCUCGCCUACCGCAACGUCGGGCUGUCCGAGAGGGCAAUAAGGCCGGACCCCAAGAACCCGCCGACAGACAAGACGCCCGCCGUCCUCGCUUCGAUAGAUGAGUACGCCGUCGGCUUCGGGUGGCUGACGGCCGACGUCGACCUCUUCGUGCCGAGCCGCGGCGCCUGGCUGGAGGGCAACGUCAACCUGCAGACCGAGGGCCACAUCGGCGUCGUCUGCUGGGACAAGUUCAACGCCAGUAUAGAGGCCAAGCGCAUGCCGCGCGGGUGGAGGUUCAUCGAUCUUGUCGGCGGCCAGCAGGAGGCGGCGGCACCAGAUGCAGCAGCCGAGCAAGACCCCUUUGAGGACGAGGAGAACGGCGAACCCGAGGUCGAACAGAUGCACGCCACGGGCUACUGGGUCGACGCCGCGGGCCGCCGCAUCAAGGGCAAGCUGCGCUUCCGCAUCAAGAACUUUGACGUGGGCAUCGCCGGCGACCACGGCUACCUCAGCAUCGAGGGCACGAUGCUGACCGAGGACGAGGAGCGGGAUCUGGCGGCGGAGGAGAGGGAGGCGGAGCGGCGGCGCAAGCUCAAGACCGGCGGCCCUAAGAGGGAAGCGAGGCGGGCGCCGGCGUUCAGCGUCACCAACUUUGGCCGGGAGGACCAGCAGGAGGACAGCAUGCAGAAGCAAGAGGUGUACAAGGGCAGCAGACCGGGUACGCCGGACGACUAA